GGAAGUUUAACCGGAAAUAAGCGUUCUCCCUUUGCUAACUCGACUGUAGUUGUGAUGUUAGCCUGUUUUCUUGGACACUCCUAGCUCUUUUUCUACCUUUCUGGUAAUCUCCUGAAACCCCUCCUCUGGAAACCAUGUCCGAGGAGGCCUCGGGAUCUCCUCCGUCGUCCCAUCAUGACGAGGUGCUCCAGCAGCGAGUGGCAGCUCUGGAGCAGGAGAGGACCGAGUUCAUCAAGCUCAAGCAGCAGCUAGAGGCCGAGUUCAACCAGAAUCGAGCCAAGUUCAAAGAGCUGUACCUGUCCAAGGAAGAGGAACUGAAGAGGCAGACGGCGGCUCUGGAGAGCGCGCAGGCCGAGCUGAGCUCCGUUCAGGACCAGAUGGCUCAGACUCGCGCCGAGAUUGAGACCAUCAAAGCCGUGGCGACUGUGUCAGAAAACACUAAACAGGAAGCCAUCGACCAGGUGCGCAGCCAGUGGCAGGAGGAAGUUGCUUCUCUGCGGGCCAUCAUGAAAGACACGGUGUGUGAAUAUGAAGUCCAGUUCCACCAGCGCCUGGAGCAGGAGCGAGGCCAGUGGAACCAGUACAGAGAGGCAGUGGAGAGAGAAAUGGGCGAGCUGAGACGGCGUCUCUCAGAGGGUCAGGAGGAGGAGAACCUGGAGGAUGAAAUGAAGAAAGCUCAGGAGGAUGCAGAGAAGCUGCGCUCGGUGGUGAUGCCCAUGGAGCGGGAGAUUACGGCCCUGAAGGCGAAGCUGGCCAUCGCUGAGGAGAGGGUGAAGGAGCUGGAGGCCUCAAAGGUGAAGGAGCUGAAUCAUGUUCUGGAGGCUGAGAAGUCCUGUCGCACAGAUCUGGAGAUGUAUGUGGCUGUUUUAAACACUCAGAAGACCGUGCUGCAGGAAGAUGCUGAGAAACUACGGAAAGAGCUUCACGAUGUCUGCCACAAACUGGAGCUGGAGCGGCAGCAGCACAACCAGCUGAAGCAGACGUGGCAGCGAGCCAACGACCAGUUCCUGGAGUCCCAGCGCCUCCUGAUGAGGGACAUGCAGAGGAUAGAGAGCGUGUUGUCCUCAGAGCAGCUCCGCCAGGUGGAGGAGAUGAAGAAGAAAGACCAGGAGGAGGAUGAGAAGGAGCUGCUGAACCUGGUGAAGGAUCUGCAGGAGGAGGACGGAGGAGACAACACCGAGCCUCUGGAGGACUUCCUCGGGCUGAGCGUGGAGGAGCCUAAUGCCAACCACAGCGGUCAUGGUUCGAUGCACUCCUUAGACACUGAGGUGGUGGCAGGUGGGCCUGUGGACAUGUACAAGGACAACCUGCGGAGAGUCCAGUCCACGGACAGCCUCGGGUCCACGCUGUCUGCUCAGCAGGGGCUUGGCGGUCACAACCACAAGGCCAAGUCUGCCAGCAACUUGGACGAGUCGGACUUUGGGCCCCUGGUGGGGGCCGACUGCGGCGUUGCAGACAGCAGUUUUGGCGAGACUUCAUCCAUCAGCUCCAUCAAGCUGACGGCAAGUCACUUCCUCCUGACUAAAGACCAGGAGAAGGCAAUCAAAGCCAUGACGCCCGAGCAGGAGGAGACGGCGUCGCUGCUGUCUAGCAUCUCUCACGCUCCAGACAUGGCUUACCUCCCGCCUGCCGGCUACCGGCUCGUCAGCGACACCGAGUGGAACCUGCUGCAGCAAGAGGUGAAAAACGCCGGCAGGAAGCUCGGCCGACGCUGUGAUAUGUGCUCCAACUACGAGAAGCAGCUGCAGGCCAUUCAGGGACAGGAGGCCGACACCCGAGACCAGGUGAAGAAGCUGCAGGUGAUGCUCCGUCAGGCUAACGAUCAGCUGGAGAGAACGAUGAUGGAGAAGCAGAGUCUGGAAGAAUCUGUGAAAUUAGGAAAUGAGGAAACCGCUGCUAAGGUGUCAGCCCUCAUGCAGAGAGUCCAGGAGUCAGAAACGCUGCUCGGCACAUUACAGCAGACCUUCAGCGAGGCCAAAAGGAACACACAGGAACAGAUGGCGGUGCUGGUGAAGUCGAGGGAGCAGGUGGCGGAUGAGCUCAGCAGACUACAGAGAGACAACGAGAGCCUGCAGGGGAAACACCAGCUGCAUGUAGAGCUGCAGCAGCAGGAGGACUUUCACCUGCCCAGCACUGUGCAGGAGCUGCAGGGCCUGGUGCUGCAGCUGCGCGACUACAUGGUGGCGUUGAGGACAUCGGCCGAUCACAUGGAGGAAAAGCUGAAGGCUGAGAUCCUGUUCCUGAAGGAGCAGAUCCAGGCUGAGCAGUGUCUGAAGGAGAACCUGGAGGACACUCUGCAGCUGGAGAUCGAAGGCUGUAAGGAGGAGAUUGCAUCUUUCUCCAGUCUGAAGACGGAGCUGGAGAGAAUAAAAGCAGAGAAUGAACGGCUGCAGAGCAGUUUAGCUGAGAAGUCAGAAACCCUAGGGGGCAUCCAGAGCCUGAAGAGCAGCCUGGAGCAGCAGCUAAAAGAGCUCACCAGCGCAAAGAGCGCGUUAGAGAGCCAGGUUCUCGAUGAGCGGGACAAAGCCCAGCGGCUGCAGACUGAGCUGGACGUCAGCGAGCAGGUUCAGAAGGACUUUGUCAAGCUCUCUCAGACCCUUCAGGUCCAGCUGGAGCGAAUACGACAGGCGGAAUCUCUGGAUCGAAUCAAAGUAAUCCUCAAUGACACCAACUUGACUGACAUCAACCAUCUUCCAGAGACAUGAUGACCUCUGAGUGAAGACUGGCUCCAGGGUCGCUCCUUCCUGGUUCUCCUCCACCGCUCCAGUAACUUUUCCCAACCCCUCCUGUAACCACUUCGGAAGCGUUCAGAGGGACGAGGACCCAUGUGACGCGAGGAGCUCGUUUUUCUGUACAUUUCAAGUCUGUGAACACACCGUGGAUAGAAUAAUGAAGAAGAACACUACUAAAAUAAAAAUGUAAAUAACCAAAUAUGUGACUGUGGCUGGGGGAGUGGAGCCCCUCUCCCCGUGGGUUUACACCUGUGUCUUGUUUCUACUGUAGAUAUGACUGUCUGUGUUAGCUUUACCAAAAAAUGUUUGUCAUCUGAGUCACUUUUCAUCUGCAAACUUGUCUCUUCCCAGGAAAAUAGCCAACUCCUCCCUUUUGAGCUCCAAGAGGUUGGUAAUGGCAUCUUUAGUCCUCCUGCUUGUUCUUUCCUUUCCUUUUUUGCGUCUUUUCCUGAAUUUUUGUUUUACUUUAACAAACAUGAUGAAGGAUGGAAAAUACUUGCACAUAAUUUAACCGGGAUGAAAAAGGAACAGAACUCAAAGCGAGCAAUCUCUCAGACACUUUAAACAGAUUUUUUUUCCUGCUCUGUGUCUCAGUAAAGCCUUUUUGUUAGAUAUGUGCAAAUUCUGUGUGAAAAUGAAGAUCUGGUCUUUCCCAACUGUCAAAAACAAACGGCAAAACCAGUUUAUUUCAGGUUAAGGAGAGUUUAAAAUGUAUUUUAAUUAGUUUUGUCUAAAUUAGCCUUGGACCGACGAACUUUGUCUUUCUGGAGCUUUUAAGUCUUACUGGGCAGCUUUUAAUGGAUAAAAAUUCAAAAGAGGUGGAUUCUUUGAUGGCUUUUUCCUCGCUGCUGUCUGGAAUCGGUCUGCUUAUCACUGCGAGGACUUCUGGACAGUUGGACAAGUGUAAGAACACAGUUUUUAUUUCAUUCCCAUAACAAAUAUUUCAAUAGCUCAUGAAAAGUGUAAGAUGGGGCUGUUCCCCUUCAGAUAAAGGCUGAGAGUCACUGCUCCUCCCUGGAAAACAUCUGCAUUAUUUCCCUUUGAACUCCCACUGAAAGUUUUAAAGACGAGAACGUGUUAUUCAGGGGAACCUUUACAUUUAAACCAUCAUUAAUCUUUUACUCGUACAGAACAGCCAUGAAACCUGCUGAUCCUAGACUGACAAAUUUGUGUAAAUGCUGCUGACGUUAAUCUGAUGUUUGAUUGGUUGAUUAAAAUGCCAUUAAAACCUCAGUAGACACCAUUCAUACUGAUUUCUGCUCAUUA